AUGCUCAGAAAGAAGACUUUACAUCCACCUCUACUCUUCUGGAACAACUCUCCCAGUACGACGCCUGAACUUUCUCCAACGUCUUCAUCAUCGGACAGCGAGUCGGACGAGGACAUGGAUUUAUCCAGUCCACGUCCGCUGAGUCUGGUGGUCCCCUCGGGCGCAUUUUGCCCCAUGCGACCGACCUUGGAUGAGGUGCUGGCGAACACGGCGCCUCCCCCUUACACACUGAGUGCGUUUAUGGCGUAUCUCUCCCAGAACCAUUGCUUAGAGACCUUGGAGUUUACCUUGGAAGCUAAGCGCUACCGUGAAACAUAUCACUCGCUCAGCCACAAACUCAACCAGUCGCCGAUUAUUUCGGAUUGCGCUGAAAGCGAACAUUUGCGUAUGCUUUGGGAGCGGCUUUUGACUGCCUAUAUCGCUCCAGGAUCACCGCGCGAAAUCAACGUCUCCAGCGAUGUCCGUGAUGAAAUCCUUCACCAUGGAAAUUCAACAACUCCCCCACCCCCCGAGACCCUCGAUGCCGCUGUCAAGCUUGUGCAUGAGUUGAUGGAGGAGUCGAUCUUCAUUCCCUUUCUCAACGCACACACCUCAUCUGCCCAUGCCCUACCAUUAUCGGAAUCCCUGUUCUCCCACGAGGGAGUGACGGUUGUGUCGGGUGCAAGUCUCGAUGACCACGCUACCAAGCGUGGUCGGUCCAAGAGCCGGCGUUUGUCUCCCCAGUCGUCGAAGGAUUUGGGGCCACCUGUCUCCCUAGGCUCUUCUUCGUCCGGCCAUCAUAGUCGACCAAACUUCUCUCUGGGCGCUAUGACCUCCAUGGGCAAAUCCAGCCACCGCACAUCGGGGCCUGUUUCUAGCGCAAGCGGCGACUCAGGAUCGGGUGCGCUGACCGAUGACUCGGGAAGCUUGCAGUCGAAUACGAGCAUUGGCGAACCCAUGACGCCGCCGACCACGCCGCCUUCGAGUGACCCGCAGUCGAUGCACCUGUCCCACAGCCCAAAGAAUCGUCCCGACAACCCAUGGAAGAAAAUGGGAAUGAAGCUAGGAUUCAAAAAGCGAUCGGGCAAUGGGAGCUCAGGGAGCAUGAAACUGCCCGGGACGGAGGACUAG